ACAGCACAUUUGACGGGAUUUAAUUGGUUACUGAAACAACAGUUUGCACAAGCAGCAUACUGGGACUGAGACAAAAACGCCCCAUAAUUGUCGUCAAGUGUCAUAUUUAUUGAAAAGAAAAGUGUCAAAUUGUACGUUCAAAUUCGAUCUAAAAAGAUGCUCACCUCGUCACUACUCGGUGGAUUUAGGGCUGCCCGCUCCUCGGUGGUCAUCACCAGGAACUUGGCAGCAGCUCAGAAAGCUUCAGACCCUAUUCAGCAGCUAUUCCUUGAUAAAAUCAGGGAAUACAAGCAGAAGAGCGUUGGUGGCAAAUUAGUGGAACCCAGCCCCACUAUUGAGAAGGAGCUGAAGACUGAGCUGGAGAAAUUGGAGCGCCAGUUCGGAGGUGGCCCUGGAGUCGACAUGACCGCAUUUCCCAACAUCAAGUUUGACGAGCCCAAACUGGACCCCAUCGAUGAGCAAGCCGCCAAGUGAACUACAUAUAUAUACUAGCUGAAGUAAUUAUUGUUUAUGUAAAUUUAAUAAAAGGAGGUUGAACGUAGAA